CCUGCUGUCAUUCUCCAAACCACCUUAACUCAAUAUAAAAGGUGGCUAAAACGACAUAACAAAAAAAGGAGAAAGAAACCCAUCAAAUGGGAGCCUAUAGAGCUGACGAUGAUUACGAUUACUUGUUUAAGGUGGUAUUGAUCGGUGAUUCAGGCGUUGGCAAAUCCAAUCUCUUGUCUCGUUUUACAAGAAAUGAAUUCAGUCUCGAAUCCAAAUCCACCAUUGGCGUCGAGUUUGCUACUCGCAGCAUUCGCGUUGAUGAUAAAAUCGUUAAGGCCCAGAUUUGGGACACUGCUGGCCAAGAAAGAUACCGUGCUAUAACAAGUGCAUACUAUCGAGGAGCUGUUGGAGCCUUACUAGUCUAUGAUGUAACCCGCCAUGUUACAUUCGAGAAUGUGGAGAGAUGGCUAAAGGAGCUUCGCGAUCACACAGAUGCUAACAAUGUGAUCAUGCUUGUAGGAAAUAAAGCAGACCUGCGUCACCUCCGAGCAGUUGCCACUGAGGAUGCCAAGGGUUUUGCUGAAAGAGAGAGCACAUUUUUCAUGGAGACUUCUGCUCUCGAGUCAAUGAAUGUUGAAAAUGCUUUCACAGAAGUGCUAACCCAGAUCUACCGUGUUGUAAGCAGGAAGGCUCUCGACGUUGGAGAUGAAUCAACAUACUUGCCCAAAGGACAGACGAUUAAUGUCGGAAGCAGAGAUGAUGUCUCGGCUGUGAAAAAGGCUGGAUGUUGCUCGUCAUGAGUAUUGCAAAGUUUCGAAAUGUUUCUCUUCCGAGAUUUUAUGAGCCUCAAGAUUGUCGUCUUUGGGACUCCAUACAGGUUUAUCUGACCACACGACAAUAUGCUAUGUUGACAAAAGACAUUCCAACAGUCUAAAUGUUACUAUUUUUUAAGAACUAGAGAUGAAUUUGGAGCCCAUUUUGAAUCCUAAAAAUGUUAUUGUUCUUUA